UUUAACCUUUGCAGCCUAUUUUUUGUUUCAUGUUCUUUUUUUUGUUUCUCUUCUAUUCUACGUUGAUUUACAAGAGAAGUCCCUUUGAGAACUAUAAUUUGUCGUUGAUAAAAUUAGGGUUGAAAUUAGGUCUUUUUUUUUUUUUUUUAAAACAAUUUGAAUGAAAAUUUUUGUUGUUUGAGGCAGUGAAGGAUUUAGGGUUUUUUGAGGUGAACGUAUGGCUAGUGAGACUCGAUCUGGAAGGAAAAAUAAGGAUACUGAGAGCAAUAAUAAAUCAAAGAACAAGUCUGAUAAAGGUUCAUUAAGUUCUGGCUGUGGGAAGACAGAUAGGCCCAGUUUAAGAAGCUCAGAUCGAGAAACAAAGCAAGCGGCUUCAAGCCCAUCAAGUACAAGGAAGUCCAAGCGUCUUGAGAAGCAGUCUCCAUCCCCGCUAGCUGUUAAGAAGAGAGCUGGAGUAAUUGAGAAACCGAAUUCUCCGAGCCCUUUAAGAAGGUCUGACAGGGGUAAGAAACAUACCCCAUCUAGCUCGUCAAGAUCAAGUAACUUAGGAAUAGGAUCCGGUUCAUCUAGUGUUAAGAAGAAGGAAAAAAAAGAGAAAAGUGUGAAGGAGCUGAUAAUGGAAUCUGAAAGUCAUAGCACUAGCAGGGAAAAUGGUGCAGCUUCUGUUAGCUUGAAAAGGACAAACAUGGAUUCCCAUAGUUACAAGGCAUUGUUCAAAACGCAAAGAAAAAGAUUUACUGCACCAGAAAUUAAUGACAAGUUGGAAAGACCAAAGAAGAAAUCAAAAGUUGAUAGCAUUGCCAGUGAUGAGACAGACUGCAAGCUAAUCAAUGGGGAUAAUGAAUCUCAUGAAAGAGUUGCAAAAGAGUUGAAAGAAGAUCAUCCUGAUGAGGUUGCUUCUGCGAGGUCCAUUUCUAGCUUAGAAGCUUCUGUUGCAGAUGCUUCGGUAAAUGAUGUAGAGGAAUUGCCAUAUACAGAAAAGUCUGCUGCUCUUCCUGCAGAAAAUGGUUCGGAAGUAUCUAAAAAUGGUUGUACAGUGGGAGAAAUUUCUGGUGAUUCCAAAAGGGUACCGGGGGGUUGCUCUGUGCCGGAGGAUAAUAUGCAUAUCGCUGAGUUGGCAUGUUCCACUUCUACAAAUGGUGAUAUAAUUCUGAGAAGUGGUGAACUAGACAUGGUUAAUUGUCCUGAGAUGCAUAAUAAUACAUGUGACUUGGCUGAAGUGUCUGCUCCACCACUAGGUGAUCUUGAAAAGCUUGGUUACGGUGGGACUUGUGCUUCAUGCUCUAGACGGAUAAGGUUAAAUCAUGACUCUCCAGAGGAGGAGCUGUGUUCAUGUGCUGGAAUGUCAGGCAGGGAUUACAGUAACCUUUCUUGUCUCAAGGAUAGAGUUGGUUCUGAAGCUGCAAUUCUUUUGGAUUCUGGGGAAGGAUGCAAUAUGCAAUUGAAUCAGGCGCUUUCAGUAACUCCAAGGGGCAGUGAUGAAAAAAUGUGCGCCAUAUGCAAGCAAGGUGGAAAGAUACUGAUCUGCGAUGGAAGAGGUUGCAAGAGAUGCUAUCAUCUCUCUUGCUUAGAUCCCCCACUAGAUGAUUUCCCACCAGGAGCUUGGCAUUGUACCUGGUGUGUCAAGAAAAAGAUUGAAUCUGGUGUACAUUCAGUGACGGAAGGAGUAGAAUCAAUUUGGGAUGUUAGAGAAGUGGAAGUAGCAGGUGCCAAAGGAAUGCAUAGGCAGAAGCAGUAUCUUGUUAAAUAUCAAGGUCUUGCUCAUGCACACAAUCAUUGGGUUGCGGAGGCACAAUUGCUUAUUGAUGCACCAUUGCUUAUUGCAAGCUAUAAUCAUAAGAAUCAGGAUGUGAGGUGGAUCUCAGAGUGGACAGUGCCACAUCGUCUCUUGAAGAAAAGACCACUGAUGUUCUCCAAGCUGCAUGGUCAAGAUGCAGGUGAUAAUAACAAAUGCCUGUUUGAAUGGCUUGUGAAAUGGAAGGGCCUUGGUUAUGAGUAUGCUACAUGGGAAUUGGGGAAUGCUAGUUUUCUGAACUCACAGCAUGGUGAAAUCCUCAUCAAGAAGUUCAAUAUUCGUCGCGAAAAGGCAAAAGAGAGAAUUGACAAGAAUCAUAGGGGGCCGCUUGUCAAACUGUCAGAACUUUCUGCAGGAAGUUCACUUAUAACAGAUUCUAAAAUGCUGAACAGUCUGAACAAGCUACGCGAGUGUUGGUUGAAGUGCCAAAACACUGCUGUCUUUGAGGACCAGGAUCGUAUGAUGAAGAUGGUUUUGUUUAUUCUAUCUUUGUCUGAUGUCUGCUGUCCAGUCCUUAUUGUCACAACUUCAAGUUUACUUUCCCAGUGGGAAGCUGAAUUUACACGAUGGGCACCAAGUAUUGAUGUUGUAGUGUACAGUGGAAUCCGAGAUUCUAGAAGGAGAAUCAAGUCAUUGGAGUUCUAUGACGAAGGUGGUUUCAUGAUGCUUCAAGUGCUUUUAUCAUCUCUGGAAGCUGUCAUUGAGGAUGUAGAAAUAUUGAGCGGCUUGAGUUGGGAAGUGACUAUUAUUGAUGACUGCCAAAAAUUAGGAGUUUCUGCUCGUGUGGAGCAAAUUGUGGAGCAAAUUAACAUGCUUGCUACUGGUGUAAGGGUGCUUCUUUUUAAUGGUCCAAAGAAGAUCACCUCAUCUGAGUACAUUAAUCUACUCUCGUUGCUCCAAUGUAAAUUUGGUCUGGACAAGACUGGUGGCGUGGAAUCUGACGUCAAUGACCAUCUUGGAAAACUGAAGAGACACACAGAGGUCGCUGCACCUUGCAGCAAGCCUGAAUCUUCACACACAAAGGUUGCUGCACCUUGCAGCAAGCCUGAAUCUUCACACACAAAGGUCACUGCACCUUGCAGCAAGCCUGAAUCUUCACACACAAAGGUCACUGCACCUUGCAGCAAGCCUGAAUCUUCCAAGUUUGUGGAGUAUUGGGUUCCUGUUCAGAUUUCUGACUUGCAGCUUGAGCAGUAUUGUGCUACCUUACUCACAAAUUUUGAUGCUCUUCGCACUUACUCUAAAAGUGAUCCUGUUGGGGCUCUCCGCGAUAUUUUUCUUUCUGUGCGAAAGUGUUGUGAUCAUCCAUAUAUUCUGGAUCCAUUGCUGCAACCCUUCAAUAAAGGGCUUUCUCCUGCUGAAAUUCUGGAAGUAGGAAUAAAAGCAAGUGGAAAACUACAAUUCCUUGACAAGAUGCUUGCGGAGAUGAGACUCCGACAACAUAGAGUGGUUGUCCUUUUUCAGUCUAUUGUUGGCAACAAGGCAUCGAUUGGUGAUAUUUUGGAUGAUUUUCUUCGUCAAAGAUUUGGUGAAGAUUCUUAUGAAAGAGUUGAGUCAGGUGUUGUUUCGUCCAAGAAACAAGCUUCGCUUCACAUGUUUAACAAGAAGGAAAGUGGGCGCUUUGUUCUUUUACUAGAGAAUCGUGUUUGCCUUCCGAGUAUCAAACUGUCAUCAGUUGAUAGUGUUAUUAUAUAUGAUAGUGAGACAAAUCCCGCAAAUGACUUGAGACAACUUCAGAAGAUAUCAAUAGAUUCAGAGUCUAAAUAUAUCAGAGUUUUCCGGCUGUAUUCAUGUUUUACUGUAGAAGAAAGAGCCCUUGUCCUUGCUAAACAGGACCUGAAUCUUGAUAGUAACUUGCAUAGCAUAAGUCGGAGCCCCAAUAACACCCUUAUGUGGGGAGCCUCAAAUUUGUUCAGUAGAUUGGAUGAGUACCACUCUGAAGGCACUCCAACCUCAAUUUCAAGUAACUCAUCAGGGCCAUUGCUUUUAAAUGACGUUAUUAGCGAGUUCUCUGCAAUAAUUUCUAAUAGCUCUGACGACAAGGACAUAUGUCAUUCCAUUAUUUCAAAAGUUCAAAUGAGCAUGGGAACUUACAGUGCUAAUAUCCCGAUGCUUGGUGAGAAAAAAAUGGAGUUGAAAAUUGGAGAAGAACCUCAUGUUUUUUGGAAAGCGCUGUUGGAAAGAAGAAAUCCACAGUGGAAAAAUUUAAGCAGAGCAACAACCCCAAGGAACAGAAAGAGAGUUCAAUACUUUGAUGAAUCCCUGCAUCCACCUAAUGGAAAUGAUGAAAUAGGAAAGAAACGCAGGAAGGUGGUAACCCAUAGUGUGGAUGCAAUCCCCACUCACCGCUCACCUGGAAGAGGUGAAGUUGCAGCCUCCAAAGGAGGAGGUGCUCAUGAAAAUGAUGAUAUUGGUGGGGAGCAUGUUUCUAGGUCUCCGUCUCAUCUGUUGCAUGAGGCAAAACUUGUUAGGCCUGAAGAAAGACGAAUACUCAACGAGCAGAAAAGCCUACACAUCCAUCUGAAAGCCGAGUUUGCAAAACUGUUUGAAGUGCUAAAACUUUCGGACGCUGUCAAACAUACAGUGGGAAAGUUUCUGGAAUAUGUCAUGGAGAAUCAUCAUGUUAAUAGGGAACCUGCAACAAUUUUACAGGCUUUCCAGUUAUCUCUGUGUUGGGUUGCAGCUUCAAUCUUAAAGCAAAAGAUUGACAAAGAGGAGACAUUCUCGCUAGCAAAGCAGCACUUACAGUUUGGAUGCACUGAGGAAGAGACAAACAGUGUCUGUCUGAGGAUCCGUUCCUUGAAAAAGUCGUUCCUACAGCAGUUGGAUCAAAAUGAUAAUGCUUCAAGUUCUUCCAAGUGUUCUUUAUCAGCUGCGAGAUCUGUUGCAGAAGAACCAUCAACAGGAAGCAUGUCACACGCUGUAGAAUCUCCCCAGCUGAAUGUGCAAAAGGAAAUGGAAGAAACAUUGCAAGUUAAAAAGUUGUCCAGGGAAUGCAUUGUGACGCCUAAAGAAGAACUUGUGGAUAUUGAAAGGGAAAACUUCAUUAAGGAGGUCCAGUAUAGAUGUGAGAGGCGAAUGUCAAAACUGGUACAAAAGCAAAAGGAGGAAAUUGAAGAGUUCCAGAAAAUAUGGGAAAAGAAGAAGGAAGAGCUUGAGGAGGAUUACAGACUGCAUUUUGCUGUUCUUCGGUCUAUAUAUGGUCAGAAUGCUGCAACAAAGGAUAAACAAAAAACAUUAGAAACUGAAUUUUCAAGAAAAAUGCAAGAGCUCAAAUGCCACAAGGAUCAGCACCUUAAAGAGCUUGAGGUAGAACACUCUGCUAUGAAGAACGAGGAAAUACAGAAGGCUGCUUCUUGGUUGGCCAAAGCAAAUUCCUUUAGGGGGGGUGUUGGAUCUUAUCCGAUAGAUGGCGUAGGGCGCUCUCAGGAAAAUGUAAAUGUCUCUCACAAUUCUCUCAAGAUUGUUCGCUCUGUAUCCGAACAUCGUGUUGAGGAACUGAAUGCAGGUAAUAUUUUGGAUAGCAUGCGGUCUGAUGUACCAGCAUCUACUUCUGAUGAGGUAGAUAUUCUUCCUAUUGAAUCUACAAAUGUUUUAUCAACUCCAGCUACAGAGGACCUAGCUGGGGUCAAGUCUGUCGAUGGAGGAUUGGUUGCUAUAUCCAAGCGGUCGAAUGAAUUAGGUGAUCCAAAUGUACCUGCAUCUACUUCUGAUGAGUCAAAUAUUCUUCCUAUUGAAACUACAAAUGUUUCAACAACGCCAGCUAUGGAGGAGCAAGUUGAGAUUGUGCCCACAGCUGGAGAGUUAGUUGCUAGAUCCAAUCAGCUAGAGCCUAAUGAACGUGGUGAUCUAGGUGGUAGUUCAGAGGGAAUUGGAGCAUUGGAUGCUAGAUCCAACCAGCCUAAUGAAGUAGGUGAUCCAGAUCUACCAGCAUCUACUUCCGAUAAGUCAAAUGUUGUUCCUGUUGAAACUUCAAAUGUUUUAACAAUGCCAGCAACCGAGAAGCAAGUUGCUGAUGCAUUGGUUGCUAAAUCCAACCAGCCUAAUGAAGUAGGUGAUCCAGAUGUACCUCCAUCUACUUCCAAUGUGUCAAAUAUUCUUCCUGUUGAAACUUCAAAUGUUUUAACAACACCGGCAACAGAGGAGCAAGUUGGGAUCCCCUCCACGGCUGAAGCAUUGGUUGCUAGAUCCAAGAAGCCUAAUGAAGUGGGUGAUUCAGGUGGCAGUUCAGAGGAAAUUAUUUCUGUGUUUCCUCUGCCUCCUGAAGAACAUACUGAAGUUCUAUUGGAGGAUCCAGCUGGAGAGCAUUUGUUGGGGAAUGUAGGUAUGGGGAAUGAUCAUUCAGAAGUAAAUAAUGUUAUUGAAGAAUUGAAUACAGAACAUGAUAGUGUGGAAAAUAAUUCUCAUUUGCAAAAUGCUGAACAUAACCCGAGAGGUGCAGUUAGAUCCACGGAUAGAAACCAAAUUUCUCCCAAGGAAUUGAUAGUUGACGUGCCUUCGAUAGCAGCAGUUCUUUGUUGUGAUGAUGGUGGUUCUUUACCUCAAAAUCAAUCUUCAGGAUAUAAUGAAACACUCACUCAUGAGAUGCCGCUCCCAGAAAAUCAGAGUGGAACACAAGUUGAAGUGGAUGCUGGGCAGUAUGGAGCCAACAAUCCUGAAGCUGUAUUAAUUAAUAGUUCUGAGCAACAGCAGCCAGCUUCUGAUGUUUUUUCGCUUGCUGCUAACGAGCCACCGAGCGACGUUACGCAUCAUACCCAUAAUGAUCAAAGGAACUUUACCCCAGACCUUGGGUCUCCUCGUCAUGUUGAUGGGGAGACGAUGGAACCCUUACAGGCAGGUCGUAAUUCGGAAGAGUGUCCAUCUGUUGAUGUUGAGAUGUCACCCCUCAGCUGUGAUCGGACUAAUUUCUCAGAAGUCGGUAGAGUGGAUCCUAGACCCAUUUCAGAACAGGUUGCAUCUUCCCAGAAUAUUGGAACUCCAGUUCAAGUGCCAGGUUCCGCUGAGCUUCCUAGUCAAGCAGUUCUGCAACAUAACACUAAUAUUGCCGUUGUUCAAGGACCCAGGAACAUACCAGUUCAUCCUGACCAUCAGAUGGCCGCUUGGAAUUCAACUCUUCCUGUCAAUGCUGAUCCUCUGCAUAAAGAUUGGGAAAGGAUACAUAAAGAAAGGGAAAAAGGCGCCAAGAUUCUUGAGGACAUGAAAUUGCGUCUGAGAUCUGAUUGCGAGAAGGAGAUAGAGGAUAUGAUUGCACAAAUCCGUAAGAAAUAUGAUGAUAAACUUCAGGAGGCUGAGACAGUAUUUCUUCGGAAGAAGAAAGAACUUGAUGUGAAUCAGAACAAAGUUCUCAUGAAUAAGCUUUUGGCAGAUGCUUUCAGAUGCAAGUGCAUGAAUCUCAAACCUUCGGGGCUUCCAGGCAUGCGUCAAGUUGUGCCUUCUAGUUAUUUGCAGCAUCUACAUCAGGUAUCCCAGCAGCCUAAUUUGAGGUCUUCUCCUGUGACUGGUUCGUCUUCAGCUAGCCUGCAAAAUUCAGUCCCAGCUUCUUUGAGAGCUUCCCCUGUCACCGGUUUGUCCUCAGCUGGCCAAGCACAUGUUAGACAGGAGACUUCUGUCCCCUCUAAUCGUUCAGUACAUUCUGGUGGGAUUUCUCAGCCUACAGUUAGAUGUUCACCUGUUACUGGGUUGUCUUUAGCUGGCCAACCAGCACCUACUCAGCAGACAGCUAUUGUUAGUCGUUCAGCAGCACAGUCUGCAGGCAGGCCUCCUCUCAUCAGUGCAAUUACCCCGUCCACUGGUAAUCUUAGGGUAGGUGGCGAGAUCCGUGCUCCAGCCCCACAUCUUCAGCCUUUCAGACCUCCUACAUCCAUGUCUACUAGCAGCAGCCCCUCAACUCUGUGCACCACUAACAUGGCUGCAUCAUUAUCCUCACUUCCCCCACAUGUUUCUCUACAAACAUCAUCCCCAUCCCAACCUCCACAACAUCAAAUACCUACGCCGUUGGUUCCACAGUUAGCUGUAGAUCUUUCUAGUUCUCGGAAUGCGACUCCGCAGCAUGACAUUGGCGGAUUGCCUGCUGCACGAAACCCGUCUAUCUCUGCACAGGAACUGCUUUUUAAUGUGGAGAAUCAACCUCGUGCAAAUAGGCCGAACAUUAUGCCACCUUUACCAGAUGUGGGCUCUGACUUUGAUGUAUUGGACCUAUCUGAAUUUCAAACACUCGAUGGUGUACAGGGAGGUCCUACCUCUUCAGCCAUAGCUACUAAUGUAAGUGAUGUUGUGUGUGUGUCUGAUGAUGACUGACCUGUGACAGAUGAAGUGUAUUUUGUAGUCCGCGGGUCGUGUUUAUCAUGUGUUUGUAAAAAUGAAUUAUAAAAAAAGAGCAGAAAGGAAAAGAAAGGUAAAAGGAGAAAACUUGACAAGAUUAAAUAGGCUUGCAUGUCCUCUCCCACACCCCCCUUCUUUUCCUCUGGGAUUCCAUGAAUGCAGCUGUACAUGGUCCAUUCAUCUUUCUGUAUUAUACUAGGACGCAAUAUCAUCUGUUCACGUGUUCCCUUA